AGUUGCCCAGUUGCCAUUUCCGCAUCUAUCCCCUGUUUUCCCUCCUAUCGCCAUGGCGGAUGCUCUCACCGGCCUUGGCAAUUGGAUGUUCGACGAUGCGGUGAUGGCCGAGAAGCUGCCCAGCGCGGUGGUCCAGCGCUUCAACGAGUGCCUCAUCACGGGCGCUCCCACCCUUGAGGAUGACCAGAAGGUUAUUGCAGACACCAUGUUCACCUGGGCCCGGGAGCGAGGUGCCAUCGACUUCGCGCACUGGUUCUUCCCUCUCCGUGGCGGGGGUGGCGCUGUGGGCGGCAUGCUGGGCGCCUUUAAGAAAGACACCCUCAUCGACUUGGAGUUCGGCUCCAAGUUCGUGACCAAGCCCAUGAAGGCCUGCCUGCCCCACGAGCGCUUGUUCCAGGGGGAGACGGACGGGUCCUCCUUCCCCAACGGGGGGCUGCGAGUGACCCACUCUGCGGCGGCCUUCACCACCUGGGACCGCGCCUCGCCGCCCUUCGUGCUGGACCAGUGCCUCUACAUCCCCUGCGCCUUUGUUACCCACUUCGGCAAGUGCAUCGAUGAGAAGACGCCUCUGCUGCGGUCCAUGGAUGCGGUGAAGCAGAGCGGCCUGCGCCUGCUGAAGGCGAUUGGCAUCGGCACAGAUGCCAAGACCAUGCACAGCUAUCUGGGCUGGGAGCAGGAGUUCUUCGUGCUGAGCGCCGAGAGCUACAAGGCUCGGCCGGACCUGGUGAACACUGGCCGCACCCUCUUUGGCAAGUUGCCCACACGGCACCAGCAGGGGGACCUCAACUACUUCCAGCCCGUCCCAGGAAAGGUGGCGCAGCUGCUGGACAUCGCGCAGGCGGAGAUGCUGAAGGUGGGGUGCCCCAUGGCCGUGAAGCACAACGAGGUGGCUCCGGGCCAGCACGAGAUGUCCCCAGUCUUCCGCACCGCCAACGUGUCCUGCGACUCCAACGUGCUCUUUAUGGAGGUGAUGAAUCGGGAGGCGGCCAAGCUGGGAUUGCAGGUGCUCUUCCAUGAGAAGCCUUUCGCCGGCAUUAACGGCAGCGGCAAGCACGCCAACUGGUCCAUCGGCACCGACACGGGCAUGAACUUCUUCUACCCCGGCAAGACCGAGGCCGGCGCCAAGCUCUAUGUCACCGCCAUCGCUUGCCUGGCCUAUGGCCUGUCGCAGUACAACGAGAUGGUGCGCUGCACCGUGGCGCACUCGGGCAAUGACCACCGCCUGGGCGCUCAGGAGGCCCCGCCGGCCAUCAUCUCCCUGUACCCGGGCCAGGGAUUCGAGCAGCACGUGGAGAGCAUCGUGGCCGGCGGAGACCUGUUGGGCUACAAGGCGGAGAAGAAGAAGCAGGAGACGGGCUGCUCGGCCGCCAUGCACAUCGAGGCCAACGUGGAGGACCGCAACCGUACCGCGCCCUUCCCCUUCUGCGGCAACCGCUUCGAGUUCCGCGCGGUGGGCUCCUCGCAGAAUUGCUGCCUGCCGGUGAUGGUCUGCAAUGCCGUGAUGAGUGCGGGCAUGGCGGAGCUGGCCGCGAAGAUCGAGGGGGGCAAGAGCCACCGGGACGCCGUGGCCGAGAUGUACAAGGAGAACAAGCACGUGAUCUUCACGGGCAACGGCUACUCGGCGGAGUGGCCCAUCGAGGCCUCCAAGCGGGGGCUGCCGAACUUGAACACCACGCCCAAGGCCGUGGCCACCUGGAGCUCCGACAAGAACAAGAAGCUCUUUGAGACCCUGAAGAUCUACACCGCCGAGGAGACCGAGGCGCGCCAGGAGGUGAUGUACGAGAAUUACAUCUCGAGCCUCUGCUGCGAGGUGGACACUAUGAUCCAGAUGGUGGAGACCGGCUUCCUGCCUGCCUGCGCCAAGGACCUGGAGAAGUACAAGGGCUUCGAGAAGUUGGGGGGCAAGCGGAAGGAGACCUACGAGGCCAUCGUGGAUCAGCUCAGCAAGCUCAAGGACACCUACGAGAAGAAGCCGCACUCGGGGCUGGCGGCAGAGGCCACCUAUUUGUGCGACACCGUGAAGCCCGCGAUGGUGGCGCUCCGCGCUGCGGUGGACAAGGCCGAGGGCGUUAUGGAGGCAAGCCUCUACCCUUACCCCACCUACGAGAACAUGAUCUAUGCCCACCACUUCUGAGCGCUCGACGCGUAGCUCGACGCGCUCGGCUCUUGGGAUUUCCAC